CACCCAUUCCUCCCUGCCUGCCUCCUUCUGCCCGGGGAGGGCCCCUCUGCUUCCUCCUCCUCCUCCUCCUGCUGCUGCCAGACGGUGCCGGGCUGAGUCUCUCUCUGGGCGAGGAUGCUGGCCUCCGCGCAGGACAGGCCCGCCUCGCUGCCCUUGGCCUCCUCCCCUUCCCCGCUGGCUGCCUCCUCCUCCGCCUGGCCAGCUGGCCCUCCCUCCCAGAAGCCCUGCUGCAGCCACGCCAAGGAGCCCGGCGCCCCGAAAAUGGCGGUUCCCCCUGCUUAUGCUGACCUAGGAAAAUCAGCUCGAGACAUCUUCACCAAGGGAUAUGGGUUUGGCUUAAUAAAGUUGGAUUUGAAAACCAAAUCUGAAAAUGGUCUGGAAUUUACAAGCUCGGGUUCAGCAAAUACAGAAACAAGCAAAGUUACUGGAAGUUUGGAAACAAAGUACAGGUGGACAGAAUAUGGUUUGACAUUCACAGAGAAGUGGAACACUGACAACACGCUAGGCACAGAGAUAACUUUAGAAGAUCAGCUUGCACAUGGACUGAAGCUGACUUUUGACUCUUCAUUCUCUCCUAAUACUGGAAAGAAAAAUGCUAAAGUCAAGUCUGGAUACAAGCGGGAACAUAUCAACUUGGGCUGUGACAUGGAUUUUGACAUUGCCGGUCCUUCAAUACGUGGUGCCUUUGUCUUUGGCUAUGAAGGUUGGCUAGCUGGUUACCAAAUGACUUUUGAGACAGCCAAAUCCAGAGUAACUCAGAGCAACUUUGCUGUUGGUUAUAAGACAGAUGAGUUCCAGCUUCACACCAAUGUGAAUGAUGGUACAGAAUUUGGAGGGUCUAUUUAUCAGAAAGUGAAUGAUAAAUUGGAAACAGCUGUCAAUCUUGCUUGGACAGCUGGAAAUAGCAACACUCGCUUUGGGAUAGCAGCCAGAUAUCAACUUGACCCAGAUGCAUCUUUCUCAGCUAAAGUGAAUAAUUCCAGUCUGAUUGGUUUAGGAUAUACUCAGACUUUGAAGCCAGGUAUCAAAUUGACAUUGUCGGCUUUAUUGGAUGGGAAGAAUGUCAAUGCAGGAGGCCACAAAUUAGGUCUAGGACUAGAAUUUGAAGCAUAAAAGAAGGGAUUGUUCCAUCACUUAAUUCUGACAUACUUUACAGUAUAGCUACCUUCCGAAUUUAGUGUACUUUUCAAUGUUUUAUGUCUGGGAUGCAAUUAUUGCUUAAUGUCAGUCAUGUUGAAACUGGUUAAAGAAGGCUUUAAUGUGUAUUUCUCAGAGAAGAUGAGAAUAUAUUUCCCCCACUUCUAGGUCUUUGAGGAAUGCUGCUUGAUGGAGUUCCAUAUUUACCAUCUAUUUUAUGAAGGUCUAAUUCUAUUUAACAUUUUCAUAAGAAAACAGCUAGUGUAAUGGAAUACACAUUUGAAAUCUAUGUCAGUCCAGCAUAGUGCUCAGAAAAAAAAUAUUCCUGUCAUUGAAGGAAUCAGGGUUUUGUUCUAUGAUGGAGUGUUUAAAUUUGUCUGAUAAGGCUUAGGCAGACACAUCAUCCAUGUUUUAAGUCUUACUUAGUUCUCCCUCCCACAUCUACAGCUCUCUCUUUACACCAACAGCUUGUCCUUGGAGUGCUUUAGAGUGUUCACAUUGUUUAACCUUGGCAUAUAGAAAGUUUGAUGUGAUGCAGCCAAUACUACUUAAAAUUCACAUCCUGUGUUGUGGAUCCUUUCCCUUGCACUAAUUAUGGAAAAGCUUGUACGACACAGCCAUAAGCAGGGAGAAGUCUUUGUAAUUGUAAUCACCUAGUGGCAUUACAUUAAACAAAAUGGACUUUAUUUUAUCCUCUAUUCCUUUCCUCCUCCUCCACCUUUUUUUAAAGAUGUAGUUUUAAUGGGUACAUCUUCAGUCUUCCAUUUUUGUGUGUGCGUGGAGCUAGACCCUAAAAUGCUGUACUGGACACCGAUAAAAAAACAAACAAACAAAAAAACAACCCAACUUGAAUAAAACAUUGAAACUUCA